CAAUAAAGUUUCGAAAGUUUGAAAAGGGAGGAAAAAACCCUCCCCCCGCCCCUUUGGCGGGGCGGGUGUGGGCGCCCGCGGCGGCGGCAGAGCCCGGCGCCGGGCGUGCGGGGAUGGGGGUCACGGUGGACGUGCGCCAGGUGUACAAGUACCCCUUCGAGCAGGUGGUCGCCAGCUUCCUCCGCAAGUAUCCCAACCCCAUGGAUAAAAAUGUCAUCUCUGUAAAAACCGUGGAGGAAAAAAGAGAUGUGUCAACAGGGAUCAUCUAUAGAAAGAGGAUUGCAGUCUGUCAGAAUGUGGUUCCAGAAAUUUUAAGGAAGGUGAGCAUUUUAAAGGUCCCUAAUAUCCAAUUGGAAGAGGAAUCCUGGCUCAAUCCUCAGGAAAGGAACAUGGCUAUACGGAGUCACUGCCUUACGUGGACACAAUAUGCAUCCAUGAAGGAAGAGUCUGUCUUCCGGGAAAGUAUGGAAAAUCCAAAUUGGACGGAGUUUAUUCAGAGAGGCAGGAUUUCAAUUACAGGGGCUGGCUUUCUCAACUGCAUUCUGGAAACUUUCGCCAGCACGUUCUUAAGACAGGGUGCCCAGAAGGGAAUUAGAAUAAUGGAGAUGCUGCUGAAGGAGCAGUGUGGUGCCCCAUUAGCCGAAUAAAGAAUCAUCAGGGACCUGUGUAGUGCUACCUUUGCUCGAGAAUCACUUCUUGGCCAGAACCCAUCACUGACGCAGUUUUCCAAAAACAGGCUUAAGGAAACAGUGUCAGCAGCUUAAAGAAGAGGAGACCUUCCUGCCAGGGUGUGAAGCUCUUGGACUGGAGACCUUCUAGGUGGAUUUUUAUGGCACAGUGUCUUUAUGAUUUACAAAUAAAGGAAAAAAACCCAUAGAAGGUGACGUCUGCCCUUCUUCAGGAUGUCCUGCUGAUUGCCCAGUGACGGUGUCAGGGACACCAAGGACAGGCCAGAGGCCUGGCGAGUGGCACUUUUGCCCACAUUUAUCAGCAUCAUUGCUCAUAGGAUGCAUGAGAAGGUUUUGAGACAGAUAAAGGAGUUGAAGCUGAUACCUGAUGCUUAGGUGGCCUACAACAGAAAAGAAUGUACCAGGCCUGUGUUCAAGCUAAGCCAUAUUCAGACUAAUGUUCUAUCCAUAAGUACUACCUAAGGGCCAUCAGUAUAGCUUCUGUAAUGUAACAUAUCAGCUGUGUGAUUUGGUCUUCUGGAAGAACGUGGCACGGAGAGCGGGGAGGCAGGGUGUAGCUUUGGCAUUGUGAGGGGUGGAGCAGCUUGUUAGCCUCUCUGUGUUUCACUGGCAAGUCGGGAGAACUGGGCGCAGAUGUCUCUGUCUCGUGAUGGUUAAGCACGGAAGGACAGGGGGGAUAGUUCAGUGUGAAGAGCCCAGGUGUGGGAAUCUGAGAGACCUGGAUUUGAGUGCAAAUGUUGCCACCCACUAGCUCAGUGAUCGAUCAUGUACAUAAUUUCCAAUCUUUCUGAAGCUCACUCUUUUUAAUUGUACAACGGGUUACAGGAUUAACUUCAUGUGAUUGUGGGACCGAUCUGAGGUCACGUUUAUCGAGUGCAGCAUGCUGUCUCUUGCCUAGAAGUCUUGUAAACAGAAGUUGUUAUUAGUGAAACCAUUUUGAAAAUGUGCUUUUCCGAUGUAUUGUAAGGUAGUAUCACUGUUUGAAAAUUAGGUGAUGGUAGUUUGCAUUUCCCGUGGUUGGAAACCAAAAUAUAAAUGCACACUACCUAACAGAACACUUGAAGAGAGGCAAUAAUUUGGAAUUUAUCUGCUUAAGAUAAAAAUUGGGCCAUUACUGGAAAGACCAGGGGAAAUUGUUCUUUUUUUUUUUU